AUGGACUGCCACUACUUCAUGACGUCGGUAAGAGGUGCCGUGCACCUGCGUCAGCUGACGCACUACCGUCGGCGCAGUCAAAGCACGGGUUUUCGCCGCUUAAUGUGGGGUUCGCACAUCCAAACCCUGCCUCAACGGUUUCCAACAAUAUCCGAGAAGUCUUGGCUACGCGGGCCGAUCCCGGACACGUCGCACUUUGCCGGCGCACGUGCGGCCCACGCAAUCUCGCUGCCUUUCAUUGAAACAGAAUUAGCUCUGUAUCACCUUCUUCACGGCGUGUAUGGAGCCCUGAUCGGCCAUCAUGAAUGCACUUUACAGUGCCAGAAGUGCGACUCGUGUGGAGCUACAAGAAUGUCCGCACUCGCGAGCGGCGCGCAUUUCGAAAUAGACCGCUUACGAUUGAAAUUCCGCAACUGUAUAGGAAGAAGUGAGACGAAAACGAGACUGGCACGGACUGCGCGGUUCGUGCAGCGGCUAUCGUUUUAUGCGGCCUCUCGACAACAGACGCGAGACACGCCAUCUGUUGCCUCCGGGGGGACGACGUGGGCCGCCCAAGGCGGCACUGCGCUUUCUAGCAGACACCUCUACAGGUGA